CCCCAAUCAUUAACAACUGUUCAAUUCAGUCUCAUAACAGUUCUCGCCGAAGGGUUUUUGAUUAGGUGUGUGGGACAUGACAUACCUACAUAGUUCCCAUGGAGGGAGAUUUCUCAUGGCACCAUUGGCUGAACCGGUUUCAGCUUUCGAAAUUCAAAGCAGAAUGUUAGUUUGAGACGUGUGGAUGUGAAUUUUGUAGGUUAUGUAUGUAUUGUGUAUGUGAAAUUAGUACUUCUUAACAAAAAUGUCAGAAAAUUCAGAAGCAGACAGAAGUAAGAAAACUAAGACAUUCAACAAAAAGGAAUGGAGACGACGAAAAUAUAGUAAUAAAUAUAGAGUUGAACAGUGGGAGGAGCGCAGACGAAAAGCUAUUGCGCACAGUUACUACAAGGAGAUGAGGAAGAUUGCAGGUCAGUCCUCUGGCACAGAAAAGCAGAACAUGUCCACAUCAUCCACUGGCGUGAAUAAGUACAGGAUACCAAGACCAACUGCAUACCAGAAAGCAGAGGAGGAGUAUAAGCGCAAACAAGAAGAAAAGGCAGCGAAACUUCAAGAAGCUCAGAAGAAGAAAGAGGAAAGAUCACAAGCUGUUGCCAGAUACAGGGCUAACAAAGCCGAAGUAUUCAAGAAGUUAUCAAAGAAAACAAAGAAGGGCCAGCCUGUUAUGAAAGGAAGACUGGAAAUUCUGCUUCAUAAAUUGCAGCAAGAAUUGCAAUCAUAAUGCCAAUUUACUGGCACUUACUGAAGAACCUUGUUACAUUGUGAAUGUAUGCUUGGUAAAGCAACAAAUGUUGAAAUGUAUUAACACACACACACGCAGUGUAAUUUACAGAUGUACAAUUUAAUGGAAACACAAGACAAAAAAUAACAUUAUUCCAAAUUCAUCAGUAGCAUGUGUUUCUUCUUUUCAUUAAACUCUUAAUUUCAUCUUGUA